GCCCCGGGUGCCCAGCAUAACCCGAGAUCCCCCGCUCACCCCGGGAUCUGGGGAUUGCCCCAGGAGCCCCGCGUACCCCUGGACCCUGACGCGGCUCCCCGAACGCCACGCGCUCCAGGACCCCUGCGCGCUAGCAGAAUUCCGGAGCUUGGCCAACCAGGCUGCGCGCCCUGGUGAGGGGGCCCCGCCCCACCUCAGAGGAUCCCCCUCUUCCAACAGACGGAGCCCCGCCCCAGAGGGACCCCCAGGUCCGACAGGGACAUCCAGCCACGCCCCAGAGGGCUCCCAGCAUCUCGCGCCUGGAGCCCUGUGCUCCAGAAGAUCCUCGGUGCCCAGCUGGGGGCUCCCCGCCCUGCUGAGGGGGCGCUGCCCAGGAGGGUCCCCCGCAUCCCGCGGGCCCGGGCAGGAUGCACGCCGCCCUGGCGGGGCCGCUGCUUGCCGCCCUCCUCGCCACCGCCCGCGCCCGCCCGCAACCCCCUGACGGAGGACAGUGCCGGCCGCCCGGAUCGCAGAGGGACAUGAACUCCUUCCUAUGGACUAUUCGGCGCCAUCCCCCAGCCUAUUUGUUUGGCACCAUUCACGUUCCAUAUACCCGAGUCUGGGACUUCAUCCCUGAUAAUUCCAAAGCAGCCUUCCAGGCCAGCACCCGCGUCUACUUUGAGCUGGAUCUGACGGAUCCCUACACCAUCUCGGCCCUGGCUAGCUGCCAGCUGCUGCCCCAUGGGGAGAACCUGCAGGACGUGCUGCCAAGAGAGCUCUACUGGCGCCUGAAGCGCCACCUGGACUACGUGAAGCUGAUGAUGCCCUCAUGGAUGACACCAGCCCAGCGCGGCAAAGGGCUGUAUGCUGACUACCUGUUCAAUGCCAUUGCUGGCAACUGGGAGCGUAAGAGGCCAGUGUGGGUGAUGCUGAUGGUGAACUCGCUCACGGAGACGGACGUGCGCUCCCGAGGCGUGCCUGUGCUGGACCUCUACCUGGCCCAGCAGGCUGAGAAGAUGAAGAAGAGCACCGGGGCUGUGGAGCGGGUUGAGGAGCAGUGCCAUCCUCUCAAUGGGCUCAACUUCUCCCAGGUGUUGUUCGCCCUGAACCAGACUCUGCUGCAGCAUGAGAGUGUGCGGGCUGGGAGCCUGCAGGCGCCAUACACCACGGAGGACCUCAUCAAACACUACAACUGCGGGGACCUCAAUGCAGUCAUUUUCAACCAUGACACAUCCCAGCUCCCCAAUUUCAUCAACACCACCCUCCCACCUCAUGAGCAGGUGACAGCCCAGGAGAUUGACAGCUACUUCCGCCAGGAGCUCAUCUACAAGAGAAAUGAGCGCAUGGGGAGGAGAGUCAUGGCGCUGCUGCAGGAGAACCAGGACAAGAUCUGUUUCUUUGCCUUCGGAGCAGGUCACUUUCUGGGGAACAACACUGUCAUCGACGUCCUAAGACAGGCAGGACUGGAGGUGGACCACACACCUGCUGGGCAAGCCAUCCACAGCCCUGCUACUGGGAGCCCGGCUCCCUCUCCCGAGGGCACCUCUUCUGCCAGUCCAGCCCCAGCAACCCCAGCUGCUGCAGUCCUGGAAGCAACCUCAGCAACCCCCACUACCCCUCCAGAGGAGGAAGAUCCAGUCCUGUCCCCACACCUCCUGCUCCCCGACAGCCUUAGCCAGCUGGAGGAGUUCGGGCGGCAAAAGUGGCGCAAGAGACUAAACAAACAGCAGCGGCCGAGGCAGUUCAACGACCUCUGGGUCCGCAUCGAGGACAGCACCACUGUCUCACCACCCCCGCUGCCUCUCCAGCCUACCCCCAGCUCCGGGACCACCAAACCUUUUGUCAAGUUCUCACACCAACUCCAACAGCAGGACGUUGCGGGGCCUACCAGCAACUCAGCACCUACACUGGGCCUCCCUGCUGCUGUCGCUGCCACCAUCGUCGCCCCCUUCCUACUACACACCCUUGGGCCUUCCUGACCUUGACACCCUGCAGAGCAGUCAGAGAAGGCACAGAAAUCUGUGACCGCGCCCACCGUCUGAUGCCACCUCAGAGGGUACCGACACCUCAAGGCAGUUCACACAGGACAGGGACCUUAAAACACCAGAGCUUUAUUGUACCCAAAUUACAUCUUCUUUUUUGUAGAAGGUCUUAAUUUCCCAUAGUGCUAUGGGGCCCUUUUGUAAAAUAUGUGUCCAUAUUAAAAGAGAAAAUGUAUUUAUUCUAUCGAUAAAACUAUUUUUAUGUAGCCUAUGUUAUAGUCCCUGAAUUAGCCCCAACACCAACCCAGGGAAGGAGCCCAGGUUCCCAUGACCUCUGUGACCUGUGUGGACUGUGGCUUUGAGUUGGCCCCAAGCCUCCUAGUCAGGCUUGGCUUCUCCCACUGUAGGUACCUCUGAGGGCAAGCAGAAAGGCAGCCCCAGCUUUUGUGAAGCUGAAUUUCAUAGCCAGAGGCAUGGUGGCCAGCCCAUCCUCCUCAUCCCUGGAUGUACCCAGGCCCUGAAGGGACAAUUUAAGGGGAAAAAAUGCUGCUAUUUUGAGGUCCUGAGUGUCUGUGGACUGGCCUUCCAGAGCUCCUGAGAGGGUUUCCCAUCUAAGUGAAAGACUGGUGCUGAAGCAGGUGAACCCAGUCCCAUGGUCAUAUUGCUACGCGGAGACCCAAAAAGUGAAUGGGAUUUACCCAAAGUCACGAAGCAAGUGGGCGAUCUGUGUUCCAGCGGCACUGGCCCAGCUUUCAUUUCAUAGAAGCUGGUAAAACCACAGCUGAGUGAAGUAAGCAGAAGGACAGGAGUGGGCACAGGACGGUUUCAGGAGUGAUGGAGUUCAGGAGCCAUCAGUUGUGGUACUGAUGAGGGUAACAGAGGACCAUGGACCAGAAGCCUGCAGCAGGGUGGGCUCUCUGCACUCUCCCUUCUUCAUAGAUCCUCACACUAAUGCUGUGAGAUGUGGUUACCCUCAUUUCAGUGAUGACACUGAACCCCCAGAAGAGUGAGAAAGAUCCACCCAAGUUCACACACACACACACACACA